AUGGCGCUCGGCAGAAAGCGCAAGUCCGAGAGCGUUUCAGUAGCUGACAAGGCAGCUACUCCCUCAAAGAAGGUUGCCACCGACACUGCCACGACGCCUGAAACGCCCGCCACUGGAGAGAAAAGAGGUAGAGGUCGUCCCCGCAAAUUCCCUGUGGGUUCGACUCCCGUUCGGCCAGAAGGGCCUAAGAGAGGCCGCGGGCGGCCUCGUAAAGAUCCUUCAGGUACGAUUUUCUUCGAACCCAUCACGACUCCCAAAUCAACUACGCCUGGCAAGGGCCGUGGAAGACCGAAGAAAAUAUCUGGCGCCAGCGACUCCACGCCCAAGUCGAAGCCUCCCACAACAGCAACAGAUGAUAACACGGAUGAUGAGAGUGCACGUUCUUACUGGUUGAUGAAGGCAGAGCCCGAGUCUCGUAUGGAGAAAGGGAAGGAUGUUAAGUUCUCUAUCGAUGAUUUGCGGGUUGCUAAAGAGCCUGAACCAUGGGAUGGUGUACGCAACCCUGUCGCUAAAAAACACAUGCAAACCAUGAGGAAAGGGGACCUUGCGUUUUUCUACCACUCCAACUGCAAGGUUCCAGGCAUUGCGGGUGUCAUGGAAAUUGUUCAGGAGCAUUCUCCAGACGAGAGUGCCUUCGAUCCGUCACACCCAUACUAUGAUGAGAAAUCCAAGCGUGAGAACCCAAAGUGGGUUGUGGUUCACGUAGAGUUCCGCCGCAAGUUUGAUCAUUUGAUAACGUUGCACGAACUCAAGUCCCACGCAACUGCCAAGUCGCCCCUCGAGAACCUCCAGAUGCUUAAUCAGACGCGACUAAGUGUCUCGUCUGUGUCUCCAAAGGAAUGGGACUUCAUCAUGUCACUG